AUGCCCUCUACGCUCAAUCUCAAGUUCAAAGGACACAAAUCCUUCGUUGCUUUUAGCAAUCUUAGCGACGCCGAUGCUCUGACCAAAACUUGGAAGGUCUGUACGAAGGUCGCGAGCUACCUCGAGCAGGGUCAGCGCUUGGAGAACUUGAGCUGGAGGCUAUGGCACCUCCAGAACCUCAUCGUCGACACCGACAAUGCCAAGAGCAAGCGGGAGUUCAAGAAGCUCUCCAAGCAUAUGGGGGACAAGCUGGACAAGGAGAAAGGAAGGAGUAUCGAAGAACUGUCGGCUCCGGGCUUCAAGCGCAACCAAUCCACCGAUCUAAUCCAGCAACGCGCGGUCGAGAAGGAGCGUCAGCGUGAAGCUACCCAGAAUGCCAAGCCCGGCGUCAUCAAGCGCAUGCAAUUCACCUUCAGCGUCGACCAGCCGUCGGGAGGGGCGUCCUCCGCCCCUGUCAAGAAGCCGGACUUCAAGCCGUCCGCCGAGUUCAAGGACACCACCGGACGACGAGGCCGCCGGGCUGCGGCCCAGAUACACGACAGCAACGACUCUACGGUCUCGGAAUCCAGAAAGGACGAUACCCAAGAGCAGGAUACCUCUUCACCCCCUUCCCUCCGGUUCCCGUCCUUGUUCACGAGCGACUUUGGGCCGGCUGCUUUGCUGUACCCUACCCCGACCUUGUCCACUUCUCUCAAUUACGGCGAAGGUGUCAACCAGAACACUUCCUCCGACAGCUUCAGCAUCGCCCGCCCCACCAUUCAGCUUGCUUUAGACGACUUUUUGAAUUCUAUGGAUGAAUCUGAUAGCCCUCCCUCCUGGUCCAAUGCCUCCCAGGCGGACGGGACUAAUCAGAUGCAGGACGUCAACAUGAACGGCGUCGACCAAAUGAAGACCGACGACACUGACGUUAUCAUGAACGCUAUGAGCCUCUCUCUCCCCCUCCAUUCUCAGUCCAACAACAACGAGAUCCCGCAGACCGUCUCCCCCUCCAAGAUCGGCCCCAAUUCGGGACCUGAAAUGGCCCCGAGCCCCAGCAGGCCUUCUCUCACUAUCAAGACGCAACCUGUAAACAACGCCCGUUCUUCAGGCCCUAGUGCCACCGCUACUAGCCCCGCGGUCCUGAAGAACAACAACUCAGCGCCCGGGGGUGUCAAGGCUGAAUGUUCCAACUGCGGCGCCACGCACACGCCUCUCUGGCGAAGAGGGCUCAACGACGAGUUGAACUGUAACGCUUGCGGCCUUUACUGCAAGCUGCACAAGCGCCCCCGCCCUAAGGGUAUGCGCAACAACCAUGGCGAGGGUCGUUCCCAAGCCGCCCCGAGGCAGGACACUCAGGAAGUAAUUGCGCAAUGCUACAACUGCCAUACCACUGCCACCCCCUUGUGGCGCAAAGACGACGAGGGCAAGACUGUCUGCAAUGCAUGCGGUCUAUACUAUAAAUUGCACGGUUCCGCUCGCCCCAUCUCGAUGAAGUCCGAUGUUAUCCGAAAACGCUCUCGCCAUGACGCAAGGCGGGUUGGAACCAGUUCGUCCGAUACUCCCCCCUCGGCGAGCCCGGGCGCCAGUCGACGGGCCUCCCCCUCCGCCGAACCCACGCUCGCCCCUGAUUCCACGACACAGAUGUCGUACGCUGACUAUGAUUAUCAGAGCGCUACCCAGUCAGAGCUCAUGGGAGCGCUGGGCCAGGACACCAGCCAGAGCGUCAGCUACACGCUGCAGGGCACGUACACGUCCGGUUACACCUACUCCGUGUACCCGGGUCCGUAUCACCCGGACUUUUUAUCGAAGAAGAACCAGCACUUCGCGUCGGAUCCGUUCAACUUUUCCGGCGACACCUCGGACGGUGAGAGCACUGGCACGGAGUCGCGGUCGAGCAAACGCCGCCGUAUGAGCGACGGCUCUGCAACCGAGCCUCCGUCCUCUGCGACCUCGUACACGUCCUUCACGGACAGCUACGGUGGCUCCCAACAGUCUCACUCGCCCCUGCCGUUCGCGACGCGGCCGCUGGACUUCAACUAUGGGAACUUCUCGUCGUACGGUCUGAUGCGCGGAUCGGGUAACAGUAUGUUCUGGCAUCCCCCCAUGCUCCCGCCCGAUAGCUCACCCCAGUUGAUUCACCCUCCCAUGCUACCCCCUGAAGAAUCGCCCAUGGAUUACCUGCACCCGCCCAUGAUGCAGCAGGAAGAGGACAAUCUGUUCAACACCUACCUGCACCCUCCGAUGUUGUUGCCCGACGAC